AUCGUUGCCGUCCAGACUGCGUAGGGUAGGACAAUGUACCAGCAAAAUUACGGCUCGAGUCGGUCACCACCACCCCUGCAGCACCCCAAGCCGACACAUCCUCCGUUCCAGGUGCCCGAUCCGCCUGUUACGCCCAACCAGCACGGCGAUGUAGGCAUCGAGACUUCGCCUGCUGACCCGCACCUCUCCUCGGCCCGUGCCAGAGGGGCGGCUUCCUCGUCCGUGGUAGGCGAUAGCGGGUAUGCGCGCUACUCUUCGCCUCCCCUGCAGAGCAACAACAACUACCCCAACAGCUUCGGCGGCGCCAUGCAGGACCCGUACGCCUCUGGUGCUGGCGGAUAUGCGAGUGGCAAUAUGGGUUCACAACAGCAACAGCAACAGCAACAGCAACAGCAAUCAUCAGGUGGUCAGGGUGGAUUUGGAGCAGGUUUUCCCAACUUUGGUGGAUUUGGGCUGGGGCAAGGCGGCCAGCCAGUGUUCAACGACCACACCGCCCAGAUGGGCGUUCACUUUGGACGGCAGAUGGCCCAGGUCGGUGGGGAGUACGUGGAAAAAAACUUCAACCGGAUCCUGCCCCUGGCGGUGCUCAAGCACUACUUCAAUGUCUCCAACUCGUACGUGCUUCACAAGCUCCGCCUCGUCCUCUUUCCCUGGCGGCACCGGCCAUGGUCACGAGCCUUGCGGCAUGGGUCAGGCCCCGCCGUCGGUGGAGUGCCCCCAGCUUCGCUCAGCAUGCGUGGUGGGCCAGGGUCAUCAGGCGGCGCGCAAGAGAAUGGGCCUGCGUACGGCUCCUCGGCCUCGUCUGGACCCAGCGGUUCUUCCAAGAUGACAGAAGGGUACGCAGCGCCGAGAGAAGAUGUCAACAGUCCUGACCUCUACAUCCCUGUCAUGGCUCUCGUCACCUAUGUCCUCCUCGUGUCGGUGAUCCGAGGCUUGGAAUCGCGCUUCCACCCCGAGGUCUUUGGCCUCAUCCUCAGCCGGGCGCUGGGCAUCGUCUUUUUCGAGUUUGCCGCCGUCAAGCUGGGCUGCUACCUCCUCAACAUCCAGGGCGACCACACUAUGGUCGAUCUUCUGGCCUACUCUGGCUACAAAUUUGUUGGCGCCAUCGUCACACUCCUCGUUGGCCUCUUGCGCUUUGGCAGAUUCGUGUACUGGAGCGCCUUUUUCUAUACUUGCGCAGCCAACGCCUUUUUCCUGCUACGGUCCCUCCGAUACGUCGUUCUCCCCGACCCAUCGUCACCCUCGAGCGUCACCAUCACCCACGCCCAAAGAUCACGGCGCAUUCAGUUCUUGUUCAGCAUCGCCGUGGCCCAGACGCUGUUUGGCUGGUUCCUCAUCAUUGGCAUCUGGAAUUAGGCCGUUUGAUGAAGGAGAGAGAGAGAUGAUUGUUGCUU